GGCGGACUGGGCGGACUGGGCUGUUGUUCAGAGUGCAGUCUGGACCCAGCAGUGUGACACAAUGAGGAGAAGCUUUGCGCCAAGUCAAGUUGCCAAAAGAAAACAGAGAGGAGAUUCGUCCGAUGAUGAAGACUGGGACCCCCAGACCACCACCAAACAGAAGAAAGACAAGAAAGAGCCCCGAGACAGUUACAUAUCUCCGUACCGGAAAGCCCUGACCCAGCUGACCAACCGGCCUCUGUGCGUGGACGCCAACGAGCACGAGGCUUUCAUUCGCCAAAUCCUUUCAAGACCAUUUAAGGUUCCCAUUCCCAACUACACAGGCCCGUUAGGACUGCGUGCUCUGGGACUGAAAAGGUCCGGUGUCAGAAAGGCGUUGCAUGACCCGUUUGCAGAUGGAGCUCUGGUUCUGUACGAGCCCCCUGCCAUAAGCGCCCACGACCUCAUCAAAGCCGACAAAGACAAGCUGCCAGUUCAUGUUGUGGUCGACCCUGUGCUGAGUAAGGUCCUUCGACCCCACCAGAGAGAGGGCGUGAAGUUUCUGUGGGACUGUGUGACGGGCCGUCGGAUUCCCGACUCAUACGGAUGCAUCAUGGCUGAUGAGAUGGGUUUGGGGAAGACCCUGCAGUGCAUCACGCUGGUGUGGACGCUGCUCCGCCAGAGCCCCGAUCUGAAGCCAGAGAUUGACAAAGCCAUUGUGGUCUCUCCCUCCAGUCUGGUUCGCAACUGGUACAACGAGGUGACGAAGUGGCUGGGGGGGCGUGUGCAGCCCCUGGCCAUCGACGGAGGAUCCAAAGAAGAGAUAGACAGGAAGCUUGUGAACUUCAUUUCCCAGCAUGGCUUGAGGGUUCCAUCUCCUGUUCUGAUCAUUUCGUAUGAGACGUUCCGCCUCCAUGCCGAGGUCCUGCACAAGGGAAAAGUUGGACUGGUCAUCUGUGACGAGGGACACAGGCUGAAGAACUCGGAUAAUCAGACAUACCAGGCUCUGAACGCGAUGAAGGCGGCGAGGAGAGUUCUGAUCUCUGGCACGCCCAUUCAGAACGACCUGCUCGAGUACUUCAGUCUCGUCCACUUUGUAAACACGGGCAUCCUCGGCACAGCUCAGGAGUUUAAGAGGCGCUUCGAGUUCCCCAUCCUGAAGGGGCGUGAUGCGGACGCCAGCGACCGAGACCGGUGUGCCGGGGAGGAGAAGCUGAAGGAGCUCAUAAGCGUCGUCAACAGGUGCUUGAUAAGGAGGACGUCCGACAUUCUUUCCAAGUACCUGCCUGUGAAGAUUGAGCAAGUUGUUUGCUGCAGGCUGACCCCUCUGCAGAGGGAGCUGUAUCGGCUGUUCCUGAGUCAGGCCAAGCCUGCCGAGUGCGUCCAGCAGGGCAGAGUCAGCAUGUCCUCUCUGUCCUCCAUCACCUCCCUCAAAAAACUCUGCAACCAUCCUACACUGAUCUAUGAGAAGUGUGUGGAGGGGGAGGAUGGUUUUGCAGGUGCACUGGAGCUCUUCCCACCCGCUUAUUCAAAUAAAGCCGUGGAGCCACAGCUUUCAGGUAAGAUGUUGGUGCUGGACUACAUCCUGGCCGUGACUAGAAGCACCACCACUGACAAGGUGGUGCUGGUGUCCAACUACACACAGACCCUGGACCUCUUCGAGAAGCUCUGUCGUGCUCGCAAAUAUCUGUACGUGAGGCUGGAUGGAACGAUGUCCAUUAAGAAGAGAGCGAAGAUCGUUGAGAGGUUCAACAGCCCCUCCAACCCAGAGUUCAUCUUCAUGCUGAGCAGCAAAGCCGGGGGGUGUGGCCUGAAUCUGAUUGGUGCAAAUCGGUUGGUGAUGUUCGACCCUGACUGGAACCCGGCCAAUGACGAGCAGGCGAUGGCAAGGGUGUGGCGUGAUGGCCAGAGGAAGACGUGCUACAUCUACCGGCUGGUCUCGACGGGCACCAUCGAGGAGAGGAUCCUUCAGAGACAAGCCCAUAAGAAAGCCCUGAGCAGCUGUGUGGUGGAUGAGGAGCAGGACGUGGAGAGACAUUUCUCCCUGGAGGAACUGAAGGAACUGUUCACCCUCAACGAGGACACACUCAGCGACACGCACGACAGGUUCCGUUGCCGGCGGUGCGUGAACGGCCGUCAGGUGCGUCCGCCUGCUGUGGACGCGGACUGCACCAGCGACCUGUCCUGUUGGCACCACUGUGUGGACAAGCGAGGCGUGAGGGACGCUGUCCUCCAGGCCUCCUGGGACGUUGCGGUCUCCUUUGUCUUCCACCAGCGCUCGCACGAGGACCAGAGGGGACUCGUCUGAAUGCUGGGUGGUGUGGGUGUAGGUACCAGAGUGAGGAUGGAGGGGCGUAAGGUCAGCUCAGAACACCCAGCAGAGCCGAGUGGGCGGAGUCCGAGUCUGGAUUUGUUAUGGGUGUAACUUUUAUUUAUCAAAAGUACUUAUUCUGCAGUUUAUUUGUGUAAAUAUAUGUAAAUUAAUCUUGAUUAAAAGUUAUAUUCAAACAUGCUGUAUUUUACUACCUAUUUUUUCCAAUCCAUUUUACAUUUUAAUAAUGAGCUUGUGUUAAGUGUUACUCAGCUUUCAUUU